CUCUCCCUCCUGCACGAGUAACACAAAGAGCUCUGGGGACUUGCGUCUUGCUUUUGCUGUUGUAGUAAAAUUGUCUCAUUCCAGCAGUGGGCCUGUGCUAGACAGACCCAUCAUCAUGUUUUGUGACGAGGACCCAGGCACAGAGAGAUUUGAUGAAUUCAAGAAUCUUAUGAUUUAAUAAAGAAAUCUGCAGACUUUCACAGAGAUGGUAAAAUUAUGAUGACUGAUAAUGGAGACAGGCUGUAGGCACAGAAGAAGGGAGUGUCUGAGCUGUGACCUCACGCCUGAAAUCCACAUAAAUUAUCUAUAAAACCAGAAUAAAAGUGUCACAGGACACAGAAACAAACAUGAGCCACGAUUCCCGCCCCCUGUUUUAUUUCUGAUUGAUUAUAUGGAAAUGCCCCGGUUGUGGAAUGGAAAGUGAAAGUAAAGUGACAUCUAUGCAGCAGUCUCUGGGAGUGUCUGCAGAGUCACGGGCUGCUCACAGAGCUGCUGGUUCAGUGUGGGUGAGGAUCAGCUCCAGCAGGACUUGUAACCGAAGAUGAUGAUUAUGCUGCUGCUCCUCAUACCUGUUUCCCAGCAUGCCUCAGGUAUGGAGGUGGAGGUGUAUGAUGGGGUGGAGUCUGUCCUGCUGCCCUGUCAGUUACCAGCUGAUGUUUCCAGUGACUUCUUAGCAGCAGUGUGGGACCGUGAGGAGCUCAAGGACCCAACAGUCCACGUGCGUCUGCAGAGUGGUGAUGAUUUUAAAGAUCAGAACGUUCGUUACACCAACAGAACAUCACUGAGAGCCGACGCUCUGCAGACUGGAGACCUCAGCCUCACUCUGAGGAACCCCACAGUCUCUGACAGUGGAAACUAUACCUGCAACACUCGAGUAUUUAGAGGAAAUCAGAGCCAGAUCGAUAUCCAACUGAAGGUCACAGAACCUCCUGCAGUCUGGCCCAUAGUUCUCUUAGCUGUCCUGGAUCCUGUGGUUCUCCUGGCUGCUGGCUUUGGUGUCUUCAUCUAUCAUAGAUAUAAAAUGAUGAAGAGCAGAAAAGUCUAUCCAGUGGAGAUGGUUGAGGUGAAACAGGGGGAGGAGUCUGUCCAGCUGUCCUUUCAGAUCACAGAAGAAAAAGAUGUUCCUCUGGACGUCAAAGUGGCGUGGAGACAUCAAAACACGACGGUCCAUGUGUAUAAGAAUGGUGGUAAUCAGUCUCUAUUAAAGGACCAGAAUCACAGAGACCGCACAGAGAUGAAUGAAGAUCCUCUGAGAAUUAAAGACUUCAGUCUGAAACUGAAAGACCCCCAACUUAGUGAUCGUGGAAUCUACACCUGCACUGUCUAUGACAGAAAUGCAGACAUCCUGCUACAGAAGGUAGUGACUCUUAGUGUCAGAGUUCCCGAGGUGGUGGAAGUAGUUAAAGGGAUGCAGUCUGUCAUUCUGCCAUUUACAACUGAAGUCCUGAAGCUUCAGGAUGUCACCGUGGAGUGGAAACACGAAGACAAGAAAGUCCACGUGCGUCAGAAUGGCCGUAACCAGUCUCACGAUCAGGAGGUGAAUCAAGAGCCAGUGAAAAAUGGAAACCUGCAACACACUGAUGAUGGUACCUACACCUGCACUGUCUACAGUGAGGGUGAAGAAAUCCUGCUACAGAAAGUCGUGUCGAUCACAGUCAGAGUCUACCCGGUGGAAAUGGUGAAUGCGACACAAGGAGAGAAGUCUAUCCUGCUGCCUUUUAAAGUCACAGAUCACCUUCCUCAGGAUGUCAAAGUUGAGUGGAGACUCAUUAACCCUGAAGACCGGAUGGUCUACGUGUAUGAAAGGAGUAAAAAUGAGUCUCCUUCACGAGACCAUGUAUACAGAGGUCGUGCAGAGAUGGAUGAAGAUCCACUGAACACUAAAGACCUCAGUCUGACCCUGAAAGACCUCCGCCUCACUGACAGUGGAGUCUACACCUGCACCGUGUAUAACAAGGAUGGACACAUGCUGCUACAGAAAGUAGUGACUCUCAGUGUCAGAGACUAUCCAUUGGAGAUGGUGGAAGUGACACAGGGAGAGGCGUCUGUCCUGCUGCCCUUUAAAAUCACAGAAGAUCUCCUUGAGGACAUCAAAGUAGAGUGGAAACAUCAAAAUAUCAUCGUCCAUGUGUAUCAGAAUAGCCAAAACCAGUCUCUCUUAAUGGACGAGGAUUAUAAAGGCCGCACAGAGAUGAAUGAAGGGCCUCUGAAAAAUAAAGACCUCAGUCUGACCCUGAAAGGCCUCCAACUUAGUGACCAUGGUGGCUACACCUGCACCGUCUACAACAAAGAUGGCAGCAUCCUGCUACAGAAAGUAGUGACACUCAGUGUCAGAGGAUACCAGACAGAGAUGGUGGAGGUGAUGGAGGGAGAGGGGUUUGUCCUGCUGCCUUUUAAAAUCACAGCUGACCUUCCACGUGACAUCAAAGCAGAGUGGAGACUCACUCACCCUGAAGAAAAGAUGGUCCAUGUGUAUGAGAGUGGAAACAACCUCUCAGAUGAAGACGACCAGGAGCAGGUUUACAGUAGCCGCACAGAGAUGAAUGAAGAUCCUGUGACUACUAAAGACCUCAGUCUGAUCCUGAAAGACCUCCACCUCACUGACAGUGGAGUCUACACCUGCACCGUCUACAACAAGUAUGGAUACAAGCUGCUACAGAAAUCAGUGACUCUCAGUGUCAGAGAUAGAAAGUCUGACAUUAAGGUUGAAGAUGGGGGACACAUCUGACACAGGAGAAAAUUAACCAACCAGAGGAAUCCACCAUUGAUCGAGCUUCCUCUGAGUCACGUCCUCUUCCUGCCUCCUUCCUGUGAGUCAUGUCCUCUUCCUCCCUCCUUCUCUCUGUUCCUCUUGUUUUUCAUCUGUUGUUAAAGUUGGUGUGAAUUGUUCAGUGUGGAGGUGACAGACAUGAUGUGACUAUUACAGUAUUACACUACAAAUCCUUCCUAAAAGUAUGAUGUAAAUAAACAAACUCGAGUGCAUGUGUAACACAAUAAGAUGGCGGAGCAUAAGUAGAAGGCACUAUGGGUCACCACGUGCUGUUUGUAUGUGUGUGUUUUUGUUACAAAACACAUUUAAAAAUGUCUGCAGCCCCCGAAGACUACUAAAGACUCAUCUCCAUGACAACAGCGUGUCCACCACUGCAGCUCUCCUCUGACAAACCCUGAGCUCCACCUGAGUCUCCAUCCUGAGGACCUCCUUCAGCCUCCUCAUAUCAAUCCAAACUAAAUCAAACACAUCAGUGAACCCUGAGCUGGAUUCAUUUAUUAGAAGCAGCUGACCCAACAUAAUACUAACAUAAAUGAUCCUAAAGUAAUCCUGUAACAGACAUUACUGCUGCAGGCUGAUUACACAGAACCUCAAACACACUCUGAUCUGAUCUAUUUAAAAUUAUGAAAACUUCUUGUGGGUCAAAGGUCAAAGCUGCUGACUGUCAGGAACCAUCAGAGUUUCAGAGAAGAUCAGCUUUUAAUAAACAGCAGAGAAGAAUAUUAUGCUCAUGCAUGUACUUGUUUAUAUCUGUGUGCUGAAGCCUGUGGUCUGAGUGUGUUGUUCCUAUCAGUGUGACAUGAACUGUAAUCUGAAUGUGUUGUAAUGGUUCAGUCGAACAAACUUACUGCACAUAUUUAUAUAUUUAUUUAUUUUAGUAUCAAAGUGUUGAACUGUGAGGUAAAAUGAAAACUUUAACAUCAGUCCUCCUCUGUGUAAAGCUGACCUGGAAGGAUGACAUGUUUCUAUAAAUGACUCUGUGAUUGUUGCUGUUGUGAUGUUUGGUUGUUUGACUCUCUGCAAACGCAAAGACCACCUGUUUGUGUAGAUCAGUGUAUCAGAUUUCCACAACAAUGCGUUAUUAGAAAUAAGAUGAUUAGAGUUACCUCACUGUGAGGAUUUAUUCAAAGACAUGAUGACUCUGUGUGCUGCUCCACUUUACCGUCUGCUUCAACUUCACAUUAAACAAUAGACAUUCAGAAACGUUCACCUUCUGAAACUCUGUUCAUUUACACUCUCAGUACUUGGUUUGGGCUCCAGUACAGUACAGGGCUCCAGAUUGCUCUCGUCCACUGAAGCAAGAGAG